ACGUGGCAUACCGCUGCAGCACUUCCGCUGAAUGUCCGCUUCUCACCCCAAGAAGGGAUUAGGGAGAAACACACGGGAACGACAUCCAUUUUUCCUUUAGCCCCCCUGUCGCUUAGCCGAUUUACGGUUCGCCACGAGCACAGGGACGCCUUACUUUUCACAAUACUCCGGAGAUUUCGGGAUGAACUGAAGAUGAAUGUAAACCAGCACACUCCCAUGGCCUCUCCUUAUGGCCAGCCUCAGCCUGGUUACGGGCAGCCCGCCUUUGCACCCUUGGACACCGGCUACCCGCCUCCCUACGCACCUUACAACGGCCCUGUGUCAGCCUACCAGACUGGAGAGCCACCACAAGGUUAUUCAUCUUUCACCACCUUCCCCUCUAAGGCUGCGCCAGCCAACCCCAUCUCAGAGCUCUCCUCUCCCCUUGACCUAGGUCACGGAAGGGCUCCUCCCACUUCAGGGCCACCGCCGGUAUCGGCCCCUCAAGCGUACAAUCAGUAUGGGGGUCGGCAUCAGAGCGACAUGCAGAAUGGCCCCCCACCUAUGACACAGGCACCCCCAAGGCCAGUUGUGUCCCAGUCAUACAACCAAGAAAGGGUCAAUCUGUCGGGCCCACCCUCUUCUUACCCCCAACACUAUGGAUCCCCACCCGCAAUGUCACACGUCACCAGCCAAAUGAGCGGCAUGCAGAUUAACUCAGGGCUGCCGAACACCGCCGGGCCCGGAUAUGCACCACCUCACAGCUCCAAGCCUCCCGUCAGUAAUUCCUUCUCAGCCGCACCUCCCGCCACCUACACGCAAGCUCUGCCCCCAGCGUUGUCCGCGCCCACUCAGGCGCCGCCUACUGCUUCUCAACAGUACUACGGAGGCCCCCCUCCUGCCUCCCAGCCGCCAUUCAAUUCGUCUCUGCCUCCGACUUCUCAGCAGCCUUUCACCUCCCCCGCUCCUCUUCCCCCAUCCAAUCAGCCAUCCUUUGCUCCUCCUCCCUCGUAUUCGGGACCCCCGCCGGCUCAGGCUCCCUCCCCGUCGAUGUCACAACCUCAACAGUCCUUCCCCCCCACUCAGUCUGCCUUCUCCUCAGCCCCUCAGGGCUCUUUCCCUCCAAGAGCGCCCCCUCCCACCUCCUCGCAGUAUCCUCCUCCUCCGACGUCAACCCCUUCCGGGCAGUACCCAGGCCCCUUGCCGCCUCAGCAGCAACCCCCUUUCUCCUCAGGUCCCUUUCCUUCCAGACCCCAAAUGCCUCCGACGUCUAUGUCUCAGAGCAACCACUUGCCUCCAGAAUCACAGGGCCCGCUAGGCCCUCCUGGACCACUGCAGCAAAUGCCCCCACCCCAGCAUGCUAUGCCAGGAGGGUACCCUCCCCAACAGAACGGUGCAUUUGGGCAGGUAAGAGGGCCUCAGCCCGGCUUCACAGCCCCUUAUCCUGCCCAACCGAAUUACGGCGCUCUGGGACCAGCACCGGGCCCUGCCCCAUCGACACAGAAAAGACUGGACCCAGAUGCCAUUCCUAGCCCUCAAGCGUCUGACAUGCCGACCGUGCAGAAAUCAAGACAUAGAAUAGACCCAGACGCUAUCCCCAGCCCAAUCCAAGUAAUCGAGGAUGACAAGGCCAAGAGCACUGAGCCGUUCAGCACAGGCGUCAGGGGUCAAGCGCCGCCACUGGUCACCACAGACUUCCACGUCAAAGACCAAGGGAAUGCCAGCCCCAGGUUUAUUCGCUGUACAGCCUACAACAUUCCCUGCACGGCAGAUAUGGCCAAGCAGUCUCAGGUGCCGUUGGCUGCCGUCAUCAAGCCGCUCGCCACGCUGCCGGCGGAUGAGACGCCGCCAUACCUGGUGGACCACGGCGAAGGAGGUCCCAUCCGUUGCAACCGCUGCAAGGCCUACAUGUGUCCGUACAUGCAAUUUAUUGAGGGAGGCCGUCGCUUCCAAUGCGGCUUUUGCUCUUGUGUCACAGAAGUUCCUCCUCAUUACUUCCAGCAUCUGGACCACACUGGGAAAAGAGUGGACUUCUAUGACAGACCGGAGCUUUCGCUGGGCAGCUACGAGUUCCUGGCUACCGUCGACUACUGUAAAAACAACAAGAUCCCUCAGCCUCCAGCCUUCAUUUUCCUCAUUGACGUGUCCUACAACGCCGUCAAGAGCGGCAUGGUCGGCAUCGUCUGCCAAGAACUCAAGGCGCUCCUGGACCGGCUGCCCAGAGAGAACCCAGACUUGGACUCGACGGUGCGAGUAGGUUUCGUUACCUACAACAAGGUGCUCCACUUCUACAACGUCAAGUCCAGCCUGGCCCAACCUCAGAUGCUGGUGGUCUCGGACGUGUCGGAAAUGUUCGUGCCACUGCUGGACGGUUUCCUCGUCAAUGUUGGGGAGAGCCGGCAGGUCAUCGAGAGUUUGCUCGACCACAUCCCGGAGAUGUUUGCAAACACCCGAGAGACGGAGACCGUCUUUGGACCCGUCAUACAGGCCGGACUGGAGGCGCUCAAGGCAGCAGAUUGCGCAGGGAAGCUGUUUGUCUUCCACACUUCGCUGCCCAUUGCCGAGGCCCCCGGAAAAUUGAAGAACAGAGAAGAUAAAAAGUUGAUUGGAACUGAUAAGGAGAAGUCUCUGUUUCAGCCUCAAGUGAGUUUUUACAACACGCUGGCCAAAGAAUGCGUGGCACAGGGAUGCUGCGUGGAUCUCUUCCUCUUCCCCAACCAGUAUGUGGAUGUGGCGACGCUCGCCGUGGUCCCCGUCUCCACUGGAGGCUCGGUCUACAAGUACACUUACUUCCAGGCGCAGUCGGACCAGGAGAGGUUCCUGAAUGACUUGAGACGAGACGUUCAGAAGCCGAUUGGCUUCGAUGCUGUCAUGAGGGUUCGAACCAGCACUGGAAUACGAGCGACAGACUUCUUCGGCUCGUUCUUCAUGAGCAACACUACCGACGUGGAGCUUGCCGGGCUUGACUGCGACAAGGCGGUCACGGUGGAGUUCAAGCACGACGACAAGCUCAGCGAGGAGACCGGGGCGCUCGUGCAGUGCGCCGUGUUGUACACCAGCUGCGGCGGCCAAAGGCGCCUGCGUGUCCACAACAUGGCCGUCAACUGCUGCUCCCAGCUGUCCGACCUGUACCGCAAUUGCGAGACGGACACAAUCAUCAACUUCCUCUCCAAAUAUGCUUUCCGUGGCAUCUUGAACAACCCCACGAAGGCGGUGAGGGACACGCUUGUCAACCAGUGCGCUCAGAUCCUGGCCUGCUAUCGCAAGAACUGCGCCAGCCCCUCGUCGGCUGGUCAGUUGAUCCUCCCCGAGUGCAUGAAGCUGCUGCCCGUCUACCUUAAUUGCGUGCUGAAGAGCGACGUGCUGCUGCCCGCCGCCGACGUGUCGUUGGACGACAGGGCCUACUUACGACAGCUCAUCAGCGGCAUGGACGUGUCGGAGACGCACGUCUUCUUCUACCCGCGCCUGCUGCCGCUGAUGAAGCUGGAGAGCGGCUCAUUGCCGGUGGCGGUGCGGGCGUCGGAGGAGAGGCUAUCCAAAGGCGGUGUGUACCUGCUGGAGACGGGCCUGCACCUCUUCCUGUGGGUGGGGGCCAACGCGCAGCAGGAGCUGCUGCUCAACAUUUUCGGGACGUCCAGUUUCGGCCAGAUCGACACGACAAUGACGUCUCUGCCUGUUUUGGAUAAUCCUUUCUCACAAAGACUCAGAGACAUGAUCGACUCCUUCAGAGCCCAGCGGUCACGAUACAUGAAGCUGAUGUUAGUGAAGCAGGAGGACCGCUCGGAGCUCAUAUUCCGACACUUCCUGAUGGAGGACAAGAACGUGAGUGGCGGCGCGUCCUACGUGGACUUCCUGUGUCACAUGCACAAGGAAAUCCGCCAGCUCCUCAGCUAGACGCUGCCGCCACCAUCUUCUCCUUCCCUCCUCUUUCUCCUCCUUCCUGUUUUUUUUUUUUAACUGAAUAAACUCCUCAUUGUGGAGCGCCGCAGCUGGCAGAUUACAUCGUGUGUGUGUGUGAGGAAAUGUGUGUGGGUGUGAGAUAAUCUGAUGUUAAUAGAGCUUCACUCCGCCUCAAAUUGACUGCGGGGGAGGAGGAUGAGGAGGGAAGGUGAUGUAUGUAUAUGUAUACACACACACACACACACACACACACACACACACACACACUGAAGAAAAAUGUAUGCAACAAGACUGUAUGUAUUGAUUGACUAGCACUGACUAAAGGCUGUUUAAAGCACCCUUUCCCAUACAUGGCUUUUUAUAUAGAAUCCAAUCCCGUUAUAUCGGAAGUCUCCAUAAUAGCAAGACACCAGUGGAAUCAAAUAAAUGCUGUAACCUGAUCUCCGCCGCCCCCCUUUUAAUCAUUGCCUUAUAGCGAGCCGCUUCCUCUGUUUGUGUGCGUGUCUGUCACUGUAUUGAAAAAUAAGUUCACGUCAGCGUCUCAAUGGCUUUUUGCUUUUCAUUCGGCACGCAUUUAAUCCCAAAAUUUUACGAUGGUUCAUAAUUCUCGUUUUGACUAACCCAUAAACGCCACAGUUAAAAUGUUAAGUCUUUAAAUACCACCAAAAUCGAGCAUUAUCUCUAAUAAUUGUGGUUUCGAGGCGUACCUCAUGCCGUGUCUUCGCUUUUCCAGACUUAAUUAGAAUUUUCAAUUGACACGCAGAGGUUUCAUGACGACCGCUGUGUUUGAGUGUACCCAAUGAAAAGUCCCCUCUUUGAUAGCCAGCGCUCGUUUAAUUAUGCCACAGGAGAAGCAUGACCUUAUGUAAACACCCUUGUGUUGGAUCGAAUGAGCUUGUGCGGGAGUACCUAAUGAAGUGUCCUCGAUAAUGUGAUAAUUAGAGUAUUGCUCAUCGAAUAAUGCCACAAAAAAACGCAUUGUCUUUUGUACGGUUCCCUUGGGUUAGGCUCCAUGAUGUGUGCCCAAUGGAAUUUCUCAAUUUGAAACUCGGAGGCAACCUCUCAACGUUAACGUUUCAUAAUGCCACCAAAACGAGCCUUUUCUUUUGUAAAGCCCCCUUGUUUGAUUGUACAUUGGUGUAUCAACUGAGGUGUCCACUUGGCACAUGGAGGCAAGCGCAAUAAUUAGCAUAUUUUCAUUUAAUAAUGCUAUGAAAAAAAAAACUAAGCCUUGUAUUUACGGUAGGUCCCAUUAGAGGUGUACCAAAUGAAGAGUCCUCAUUUCAUGUGAGGAAGUGUACAGGUGCGGGGCCGUCCUGCGCUCUAAUUUCUGCACGGCAUGAUUAAAGCGGACGAAUGGACCCGUGCCGAACAGUCUAUGUUUAUAUAUAAAUAUCUCAAAUAUAUAUAAUCUGUACAGAAUUCAUAGAGAAAAAGGCUUCUAAUCCAAAUGUGAUGGGUUUUUGUUUUUUUUUUUGGCCAUCGCAAAUAUAAAAAUUGUGGCUUUUACUAAUGAACGGGCGUCAAUGUCAAGACUGACUUCUUUUGAUGAGUGAGCGCAUGCGUGUGUCGGUCCUAGUGAACUUUCUCUUGAGGAACAGAGGGACCCGCUAACAAACCCACCAAAUUCAAGUCAAAAUCACUGAUUGUUCCUUUUCAAAAAUAUGUAUAAAUGCGUUUGGUGUGUGUGUGAAGCCCUUUGUUCUGUUGACUUGAUUGAGCCACCGUCUUCACUGUAAUCUUCAUUGUUUUUGUUCCUUUUUCUGUUUUCUCCUUUAUCAUUGCUCUUGGGACUGCAAAUAAAAAAAAAUGCUUGUUUCAAAAGUGAAAUUCAA